AUGAUCAUUGUCACUGUGUUUGGUUUUGCAGUAUUGCACACGGCUGCUACAAAAUGCAUUGCUGGUAUAUAUAUCCACUUUUAAAUAUUUAUUAUUUAUAAGGUUAAUAAUGAGUCAACUUGCAGGAGAUUGUAUGUUGGAUGCAAGUUCCAGAAAAAAUUCUGAAGACAAUUUACACUUUGUCAAUUAUAUGAAUGAAUCAAAAGUAUUUGGUCGUGGAUUUUACGAUGACUUAAAUAAAAUUAUUCAAGAAAUGGCAAUAUCAAAUGCAAACUACAAUAACUAUCAAAUCACAGACAGUAUCGACGAAUUACACAAGUAAACUACCUAUUUACAAGUACCUAUAAUUUACAUAAAUUAAUAGGAAUUAUUGAGAUAUAUUUUAUUAGAGGUUUUUUUUUUUUUUUUAGUUUUUUGAACUAUUCAAUUCCUUGUGGUAUUCGUCGAAGAAGGCUAAGACCAAGAUUUGUCAGCAAUAGAGUGGUCGGUGGUUCAAAUUCGAGCCCAGGUAACGAUCCUAUACCAAACGAUAUUAUUAAUACAUCUAACUUAUAUAACCUUUACCUAACUUAUUUCAUUUUGUCCAUUGUUUAAAGGUGAGUUCCCAUGGCAAAUAUCACUGCAACUCAUCACUGGUCGAACAGCUAGACACAUAUGCGGCGGAUCUGUAAUCAGUGAAACUUGGAUUUUAACUGCAGCGCACUGUGUAUACGGACUCUCGGAAGACUUGCUGUCUGUGGUGGCCGGUAAAAAUAAUCUUUACGCGUCUGAAAGUAAUUUUAUUUAAAAUAAUGUUUUUGCAUAUUAUAUAAAUGUAUGGACGAUUUGUUUUCCUAAGGUUACGGACAGAGGGUGAAAGUCAUUGGCAUAUAUUUUAACGGGUUCAACAAAGACAAACUGUCAAAAGACAUUGCAUUGCUCAAGGUAUUUCCGUCUUUAAUUUUCGAUGGCAGUCGGGUGUCCCCAAUUUGCAUUCCAAAACCAGGAACUCGAUUCGACAGCGGUAAUAAUAUAUUACACAAUAGAUGUAAAAGGGGUUGGAAGUGGUCUUCCAAAAUUUCUCCAAUUUUGAAAGAUUUGAAAUUAUUUUUUAUCUUUUAAUGACCACCUUAAUGAUAAGACUUUUCCAUUAAUUUAUUGCCCAAUACCCAUUUAAUACGGCCGUUUUUACAGAUAAUUUAACAGUUAAGACUAAUAAGCGCAGUAUAAAAUUAGACAUAUUUUCUAAUGUCCAAUUUAAAUUUGUAAAAUAAAUAUUUAUGAAUUUUUCAACAAAUUUUCUAAAUUAUUUAGGAAGUAGGUUUUUCGUUUUAAGAUUUUCUAAAAUAAAUAACAAUAUCUGAAUUUUGAAAGUCUUAAAUUAUGAAAAUUGACAAUCGGCUUACUAAAUAUUUUGGAAAAUUAGUCGAAAACAUUCAUAAUUACUAUAAAAUUAAAAUCGGACAUUGGUAUGCAUAUCUAGUUUCCCAUUGCUUAUUGAUCUAAAAUAUAUGGAAAAUUGGAGUUUUUCAACUCCUUUAAAAUUAAUGUCUGUUCAGCUCUAUGGACAUCCCAAAUUAUUUAAAAAAAUUAAUGUAUACAUUCUUUGUCUUAUAGCAAUAGCGAUGGUAACCGGAUGGGGUCGUGUGUCGGAAAACGGAGUGUUCGCACACAUCUUACAAAAAGUGCAGUUACCCUUGAUGCCAUUAGACACUUGUCUGGAUGUGUAUAAAAACAGUGGUUAUGGCGAUUUGAUCAAUCGGUGUGUGGUUUGUGGUGGUGGAUCGUCGAUAAACGUGGCCGACUCUUGUCAAGUAUGAUUAAAAUUCAAGUAUUAUUAGGUAAUUUUAGAUAUUAUUAUAAUGUUAUAAAUCGGCUAGAACAUUACUCAUAAUUAAAAGUUGCCCAUUUUGUUUAGUUGCAAUUGUUGCAAAUUAUUUAAUAGGACAUUAAAUUGCACAAUUAAGGCAUCGCCCUAAUUUUUAUUACUGGACUUUAGGUUGUCUAUUAACGGGUACCAAUUUGAUUUUAGGGCGAUUCUGGUGGACCGCUAUCGUGUCUAGCUGACGACAACCGUUUCUAUUUAUGUGGCAUCGUCAGUUGGGGACUCGGAUGUGCUCGGCCAGAUUACCCGGGCGUAUAUACCGCAGUGUCAUGUUACGCUAAUUGGAUAAGGUAUUCAAUGCGUUUUGAAUGA